CAUCAACAUCAUUUACUAAAACAAAAGUUCUUGAUGAUGUCAUGAAGAUUGAAUUAGUUGAGGACAAAUCUCCCGACGAAAUCAAGGAUUUAUGGUUGGAGUACCACAAAUCUAAGGACACCAUAGCCGCUGUGAUUCCUCCUGAAAAAUUCAAAAUUAUCUUGGAAAGAGGUGAGAAGUAUCAGCUAUUUCUGUUACCACUACCAAGAAAGCAGGGUUAUGAAUUCAUAGUUUGUCAGUUUGCUAGUAAUGAAGUCCAUUUUACACCAUUAAUCAGCUACCAAGCUCACAAAGAGAACGCUCCUGAAUGUUUAACUAUAAUCUACUUCCCAGAUCUUGGAAACAAAGGAAUAGUCUUAAUGAAGGGAGAAUUCGACAAAAGUGUGAUAAAUGCCAUGGAGGCGCAGUGUCUAGCAAACCAGCUUCAUCUUUACUAUGGAGAAAAUAACGAGAAAAGAACAAAAUUACUUGAGAGAUUCACGAACGACCCGCAAAGUUUCAGGCAUAUGGAUUUGAUUGCCGAAAUGGAAAACCUUACGUUUUAAACAGUGUGCGUGUUUGGAAAUAAUUCCUUGGUCAUUCUGAUAAGUUCAUGGACUUGGAACCUGUUUAAAAACUCUGUAAAUUGCAAAACAGGACUUGUAGUAAGAUUAGUAAAGUAUCUUUAAUAUUCAUUUAUAUAUAUCUACAUUGAUAUAUACAAUAUCAUUAUCAAUCAUGAAUGAUUGGUAAGAGGAAAAGGCUUAAAUCCAAAACUACAAAAUAUUGAAGGACAUUAACGUGAAUUUUUAGAUUUGGUUCAAAACUACAGCGGUGAUAUUAAUGUGAAGGCUUAUUUGAUUCGACAUUAAAUGAUUUGAGGUCUUCAAUAUUUUUAUGAAUUUAUGACAUGCAAAAACAAUUAAACUCUGAAACGAUACUUGAAGGACUGUCAAUGCAACAUUCAUAUAUAGUACCUAGACGUUUUUGUCGGGCUAGUUGCUCUGUAACUUUGAAAGAAUCUGUAACUUUGAAAGAAAAUUAUGUAAGAUUGAAAUAAUCAUUGUGCAAUAUCUCUCAAUUCAACUCAAUAUAAUCGUACAUACACAAAUUGCGAA